AUGAAAAUAAUCAUCAUAUUCUCAGUACUUGCAUUUAUCAUCUUAGCAGCCAGUUCAGCUCCUGCUCCCGUGGUGCUCGAUUUCUAUGGACAAAGCCUCCGCGCAAGGGCCAAAUACUACAUUAAACCAGCAGAUGAUGACUAUUUUGUUGGCGGAUUCGGUCUGGUGGGGGUCCUAAACAAGUCUUGUCCAGCUGUAGUUGGACAAAUGACAGAUAAUAUGGGCCUCUGGUUAACUUUCCAUCCGGUCGACCCCAAGGAACGCGUGAUCCGUCUUUCCACAGAUGUUAACAUUAAGUUUUCAGGUUCCAACAGCUGUCAUGAGUCCAAUGUAUGGCAGUUGAAAUAUCAUAAAGCUCUGGAAGAGUAUGUUGUGAUGGUGGGAGGUGUUGAAGGAAACCCGGGGCCAAAAACGGUGAAUAACUGGUUUAAGAUCGAACAAGGUAACUACUAUGGCAGUUAUAGGCUUGUUUUCUGCCCGAGCGUCUGCAGUGACUGUAAGGUUAUUUGCGGGGACAUUACUACCGAUACGUAUGUCGAUAAUGAAAAAGAUAUAGGGCCACCUUUGAGAAUCUCUAAUAGUACUAAUCAGUGGCAUUUCUCUUUCUACUUCAAAUAUUAA